GGUGCACUUUGCGGGCAGCUACGCAUGAAGUUGUCCGAAGUGGUCCGAAUAGACACGGGCCACGAGGAGCGCAUUAUUACUUCGUAAAGGGCGAAACUCAAACCGUAUCUGUGGCCGUAUCAUGCUAAAUAUGUGCACACCCUGCAGGAUGCAUCGCGCGCAGCGCGGGCGACGGCGAGAUCAAAUUUCUUCAAUUUCGCUACGCGUUUCGAUUGGUAACGGAAUCAUGCGUGUCUAUUGGUUAUGUCUUCUGAGAACGAUCACGGCCGCUACGAUGUAAAGUAAAAAAAGCCCGCACAAUGAAAAGCACAGGACCAUGAAAUAACAACAAACAAUAGAUUUCAACCGAUCAAAAGUCAUGAAAAAUAUCUGCGAAUCAAACAAAAGUUGCAAAAUCUAUUAUUGUUCCCUGUUCUUAUCGUCUGUGCUUUUCAUUGUGCAACAGGCUUAACUUUAAUUUGGAGCGCCUCUAGGUCCAGAAAAUGAGGACUACGUAGUCAACGUCGGUAAUAAUGUCCACGAUUAUUGUGAUGUUUUCGCUCCAAAUAAUUCGGAGCAUCGCGACCAUGACUGUACUGUUUUUCAACUUCUCGUUGCUACUGAUGAAUUCCUUUGAACGUUCGAAAAAUAGAAACAAGUGAGCUUAAUAGUCUGAAGUCACGAUUGAAAGAAACGAUUCAAAUAAACACGUGCGCGGAGGAGGAGGAGGAGGAGUAAUUGACAACUGUUGACAACUCCUGUGUCGCGCGAAAUCCGAAGUGUUUGUUGUUUUCAACUUGCAUUCCGAGAAUUCUAGUUAAUAACGUAUUUUUCGCAACAUAUCGUUGGACAUCGGAUGCCUAACCAUCGCUGUAGCUGUAAUACUUUCUGUAGACAUCAUAAUUGUGUGAAUAUACACGUAAUAUAUUCCUAAAAGAGAUGUGCAAUAAAGUCUAGCAUCGAUGUGAGAAGAAUACCAAAGAAUACCAGAAUGAGUAAAAUGUGUGAGCCUGCAACUGCUAAGACUAAAAGUUCAGAAAAUUAUCAACAAACCCCAAAAGCCCAUGUUGAACACAAGCAUGUCAUGAAGACCCCUUCCAAGGAAGUUGUACUAGCAAAGACUAGAUUUAGCAAAGAUCACGUUGUAGAAGUUACAGUGACAGGAUCUAAACGUACUCUGCCUGUUACGAGUUUUAGUCCUAACCAAAAAGAAAAGAAAACGUCUACACUUAAGGACAAUCAAACUCCAAAAAGCUGGACUAAUGUUCUUGGACAACAAAAUUUGCUAUAUAUUACACAGCAAACUUCUAAACAUAAUGAAGGAGUCAAAAGAAAUGUAAAUUCUAAAAAGCAACAGGAAAGUGCAGUCAGGCAUUCUAUGAGAUCAGAACAGAAACGCUUAACAUCACCAUGCUCAUGUUCAUCAAUCUUGGUUCAAGAUUUUGCUGUACAAUGUGAUGAAAUAAAUAAUUCCAACAAGUUUGCUGAAUUCAAUUCAGUAUAUAUGUUAUAUUUAAUAAAACAAUUAAAAGAUUCAGUUAACAAGAAGGAUAAAAGAGCUUGUGAAAUUUUUACUGAAAUGGAACAAAUAUUGCAGGUAUCGGGUCAAGAAACUGAAAUAGAAUCCAAUGCAAUUCCAUUAAAGGAAUCUAAUAAGAAGAAGGUCAUACCAUAUGAAUUGUUCAUAUCAGAACGAGAAAAAUUGCAAAGUGAAAUUCUAAAGCGAGAUGAACAACUGAAGGAAGUUGAUAAAAAAUAUUUAGAAUUAGAGAGACUUACUCAACAAUUGGAUGAAGAAAAACGGGAAAAGAACAACACAAUAUCAGUGCUAAGGCAAGAAAUUGAAAACAACGAAAGAAUAAUUAUAGAUUUGAAGGAAAACCUACAUAAGCAAACAGACCUUGCGCAUAAAAAUUACAUUGAUAAUAAAUAUCUAAUAAUGGAAAAAGAUAAACUCUCAAUGUUAUUUUCAUAUAAAGAUGCACAAAUUAUUAAUUAUCAAAAUACAAUAAAAGAAUUGCAAAAUCAGAUUACAAGACAAUUAAAAACCAUAAAUGAAAUAUGUAAAGAAGGAAGCACAAGUCCUCAAAUAUCGUUAAUCCACACAGGGUACGCAUGUUCAUCUCCUAAUUCGAGUUUUUCUGAUGGUUCCAAAUCCUGGCACGAUUCACUAGACAUUUCUUCAGUAGAUUCCGUUCAUGAAGAACAUCUUAUUUUAAAAGAUGCACCUGUUAAAGAUUUUGAACUUGUUAGUUUACUUGAUGGAGAAUCAUCACAGUCUGUAUUGCCUGAUCAAAAUGAAGUUAUGAAUGAUAAAGGAGCGAUGCAAAAUAAUACUGUUUCUUGCCAAAGUGUGAACACGAAGAAUGCGAUCAUAAAGAAAUCUUUGCAUCAUUCAAAGAAGGAUCACAAUAAAGAAAAUGAUAAGAGAAACAUUUCAAGACUCAAGGGGAAACAAAAUGAUAACACCAAAAAUUUGUUUCUUAAUGCAUCAAAAGUUGUUGAAAAUGUUACAUCUACCACAUCAAUGAUCUCUGACAUAAAAAAGCAAAGCGAUAUGCAAACUAGAAAACCUAUUACAGUACCUAGUCCAUUACGGGAGUAUCCACAUCCUGAUUGGAGCGACAGUAGUUUACCUAGUAUUAGUACGGUCUCCAACUUAGACAUGGUGCCCUCGAACGAUGUUUAGAAAACUGUACUUUUAAAGUUGAAUGAUGUGGUGUUCAUCGAAUUUUCAAACACUCCAUGUGUAAGAAUUAUUGAUCGAUAAUUCUCGCAAUCGACUGAAUUAAUUUUAAAUCUUCAGAACUGUGAUAAAUUGUCAUUAUGUAUAUUUUACUUGAAUAAUCAAGUCUAAACGCUAAAGCGAUUAUACAUUAAGUAAUCGUAAAAAUAAUUGCGAUAUUUUAAAGAUGUUAGCAUGUUGUAACACACGAUUUGCACAUACAUUCCUAUUAAAAUAAAAUUUUUAUAUAUUGCACAAAUAUUGCAAGUUUCCACAUUGUUUUUAUAUUGUUUAACGCUAAGACAUAAAUUCAAUAAGAUUGUAAAACUCAAAUUGUAAAAAUAGACAGUCAAAAAUAUUUAUUCUGUAAUAUUUAUUCUGUAAAUAUAUAAAACUUUUAUUUGCAAUUCGCUUGUAGUUCUCACGGUAUCAAGAUUUUGACAUAUAACCUGUACGAAUUAACUAUGCAUAUAAUAUGUUUCAACAUAUACAUUUGCUUUACGGAGAACAGGUCACGAAUAUAAAUUUUACGCACACAAGAGAACAAGAUGUAUAUAUAUAGAUAUAUAUAUAUUUUUUUUAUCACAUAUGUAUAUAUACAAGUAAAGUAUAAUACUUAUAAUAUUUUGUAAGUCUUAAUAGGAUUAAAAGGGAACAUUUUAAUACACGUAAAACAUUCAUCAGCUUUGCAUGAAGACGUCUUGAAAUACAUUUUAUAUUCGUGUUUUCCAGUAAGCGUGUAGUAUGUACCUUUUUUUUCUGUAAACGUUCGGUUUUUUUUUCUUGACGGCUUCUAAUGAUCGAGAAACUUCUAACGGCUAAUAACAUUACGAACACAGUCUUAACGAUUCGACGCGCGUAAAAUAAAUAACGAUAAACAUCGAAACGAAAAAGACUGUCUUCGUAUUUUCUUUUUUAUCUUUUUUCUUUAUUAUUAUUUUUGAUCAUUCAGAUGAAAGUGUGGUGAAAACGGAUGAUAAUGUUCAAAAAGUCUUUUUAUUUUAUAUUUGUGCUCUCUCACAAGGGAAUUUUCCUCACGAUUUAUUUUUUUUUCUUUCUAUAUUUUGUUACAUAAUAUACCUAAGGACGUACCGUGGGUCAGUUUUAUAAAAUAGUUAAUCACAUGUAUUUCGCAAACAGUCGUUCAAUUUUGAUUAUUAAUUUCAGGCUCGACUCAACGCGUCAUUAGCCCCAUUCACCUUUUCAUUCCCGCGUUUCGUAGCUUCGACAUCGAGAAUCCUCCCUUUUCUACCGUUCCAGAAGGCAAUGUCCCAAUUUGGCGACGUCCCGCUCCGCGCUUGAAGAAAAUUCCGUCGCGAUUUGGCGAAUCAAGGAUAUUGAAGUUCCCUUCUUUCGGAUACGUAUACUUUCACGUACAAGUAAGUACGGCUGCCUUUAUUAUUAAUGACGUUUUAAGAAGAAAAAGAAAUUAAACGUGGACUUUGAUUUGUUGUGUGUUCGCCCAUACAAUAUGUUAAACCUCUCCCGCGUAUGUAGGCCGUAUCAAAAGUCGUGCGCAUUUCUCCCUCCACAAGAUUUUCCAUCAAUAUUCUUAAUUGAUCGAAACCUUUUGCGUCCUCGACAUAAGAGCUAUAGAUAUGCCCCAGAUCGCAUUUCGAUCCCAGGAUUACACUAGCACACAAAAAUAUGAAUUCUUAAUUGACGUAUAUUUUUAUUCUUGAAUGCUAUUUGUUUUCAUUUAAGUAUGAAAUGUCCUCUUCAAUUACAAUUGUUUACUUGCAUCAGUAAGGGCCUCUUUCACCAAUCUUCUUUAAGCUAACCAAUCAGUUAGUCCAUUGGAACCGACCAAUUGCAUUUGUCAUUUCACGUAACAGGCAAUGCGAUUGGUCAAUUAGAAUAGACUAACCUGUUGGUUAGUUUAACAAAGAUUGUGAUGAAAGAAGCAAAGUAUAUUUUAUUCUUAAGAUCGUAUUCCUGUCUCUAAUAUCAUAUCGUUCUCACAACAAGCUCAAUCACAUUAUUUGAAAGCUAUUUAUUCUUGGAUUAAGAAUUAUAUAUUUGAAAGUGCGCUCGAUUUAUAUUGAAAGCUCACUUGUUUCGCGUUCGCGUGCAGUGCUGGGUAUGAGAGCUCGGUGGAUCCCAGUGUCAAUCAAAAUGACGGAAAUAAGUGAUGUAAGUUAAGAUAUAUAGUUUCGUAAGUGAAAUAUUAUAUUCAUAGGGCACGCCCUCAAAUGUGAUUCAAACUUUCAAAGGUAAGUGAAAUGUUCAGCUCGUCCUACCUAACUUACGUUUUAAUUAACAGACGGCCGACUUUGUCACAGCGACAGAGAAACGCCGAUUGUCUAUACACACAGGCGGAUCUACUACCCAUAGGUAACAUGAGUGAAAUGAGCAACGAAUCUGCUACAGCAGAUCCACCUGCCUGUACAGGCGCACCGGCGUAAGUUGACGAAAGGCGUUAUUGAAAAAAUGUAAUCCUAAUGCAAGCAUAUUUAGUGUUGAAUGGGCGCAACUCUAUUCUUCGAAUGAAGUAAAAUCUAUUUUCAAUUAAGAAUACCUUUUCACUUUGUCUUAAGAAUAAUUUAUUCUUUAUCGGAGAUUAUUUAUUCUUGGAUCAAAGCACAUUCUGCAUUUCUUUAAGAAUUCAAUUUUUUUGUAUGUAGUAAAACGAAAUUUCCUAAUCGAUCGAAAGAUAAGAUUUUAUAAUUUGUUCAUAUUACGUACUCUCCGAUUCGAAGAUGGCCCGAAACUCCUUAGUACGUUGUCAAUAAUUUUUCAUAUAAUUUCAAAAAACUUAAUAUUCGGGGAGCUUAUAGUCAUACAGGUUGCGAGACUUUUGACACAGCCUAUACAAAAAAGUAACGUUAAAAUUAGAUUUGUUCAUAUAAUAAAAAAAAAAAAAAA